CUCAGCAAUCAGUCCGGAGCCUCUUAGACAAGAACAUAAAGAAACAAAAAUGAGUGGAGUUUCUGUGUCCGUGUGUCUACUUUUCAUCCUGUCUGUAUGUUCGGCGUGUUACAUCUCCAACUGUCCCAUUGGUGGGAAGAGGUCCAUCAUGGAUGCACCGCUGCGCAAGUGCAUGUCUUGUGGACCCGGAGAUAGGGGCCGCUGCUUCGGCCCCAGUAUCUGCUGCGGGGAGGGUCUCGGCUGCCUUCUGGGCUCCCCAGAAUCGGCUCGCUGUGUGGAGGAGAACUACCUGCUCACCCCCUGCCAGGCAGGAGGGCGACCCUGUGGAGCUGACGGGGGCCGCUGCGCAGCUUCAGGACUCUGCUGUGAUGCAGAAAGCUGCACCACAGAUCAGUCCUGCCUUGUCGAGGACGACACAGACAACCAAACAAGCCAGUCUGAAGGCGGCAACCCGAGCGACAUCAUCCUCAGGCUCCUGCACCUGGCCAGCCACACUUCUCACCGGAUCCACCAAUGA